AUGACAUGCUUAAAGGAUGUCUUUGACAAAACUUCUCAAAGCUUUUAUUAACAACAAAAUCAAAUCAACAGCCAAAUUCAAUAUUCUUAAAACAAAAUUGAUCAUCUACAAUAAUAAAACAACUCAUUUGUGGGAAAAAUCUAAGACUUUCAAUAAAAAUAUGAUUUGAUCUAAAAGCAGUUAGAACAAUCCUAAUAAGAAAACAAAUCGCUUAAAAAAUAGCUCUCAGAAGAAAAAAAUAAAAAUGUAAACUUAUAAAUUAGAGUUGAUCACCUCACGAAAAAAAGCAAAUCAUUACAAAAGAAAAAUGAACUACUACUCCUUGAAAUAGAUAUGAACAAAAAAACCUACGAGAUGAAGUGUGAAGCUUUGCUCAAAUAAAUUUAUAAUUCUCAAAGUUUAGAAACAAUUUAAGAUAAAGGUAAUUAAUAGCAGCUAAAUUAAAUUAAUCAGCAAUAUGAAACUCUACUUGAAAAUUUCAUAACAAUUAAUGAAAAUGGAUAGAACAAUAAUGUCCUUGAUAUUUCCAAUUCCUAAGUGAAAAACAUGCAGACGUUUGCAGAUCCGGUAGAUGAUAAAGAAAUCAUCUAAAUGAACAACUAAUUUGUAAAGUAAGAAAAUACUUCGAAGCUUUCUAGCCAGUUUUAAAGCAGCAAAGUAUCUGUUUCAUAGGAUUUUAUAAAUUUAAUCCAUAAUAACGAAUAAUAUCAAAAUAAUUAAUAUAACAUCAUUGAUAUGAAAGACCUCUAAAUUUAAAUCAACCCUUCUAGCCCUUUUUCUAAUUCAAACGCAUCAAAAAAGCUAACGAUGAAACUAAAUUAAUUGAGUUUGAUUAAUAGAAAUAAUUAGCCAUAUUAAAUUAAUGAAGAUUUAUGA